CCCGGCCAGGCCGGGCUUAGCGCGCACGAAGGGGCGGGCGGAGCAGCCCCAGAGGCGGCGCCGAGGACGGGAGGGCUCCAGCCCAACAGCCCCCGCCUCCUGCCGCUGCCAGUCGUGGGUGGAGAGGCCCGCAGCUCCGCCCGUCGGCGCGCUCGCCUCGCCCCUCCGCCGCCGCGGCCGUAGCGUAGAGACCGACGGCAACGCCGGGCCCAGCAGGCUGCCCGCGGCCGUGCGCCCCGACGGAGGCAGAUUCUUCCUUGCCUAAAAGAAGAUGAGCCAGAUUUCAUCCUGGCCUAGUCAGCAAUAAGAAAAAGGAAAGACCCACAACUGGUUCUGGACACUGUCCUAGCAUCUAUCAUCUUGGCACUUUCUCUCUGUGGAAACAGAUGCACACCCAAAUUAAAGGUGGCUCCCAUCCUCUGAGGAAGCUGAAGAAUCACCGAAGCGUCCUCUGAGCAAGCUGAAGAAUCAGGAAAUGGAGAUAAUCGGAUCCCUCCUCUGUUGGCCUACAAAAGUGCAGCCUCCGUCUCCAGUUCCCACUGUGGCUCCUGACAUUUCCAUGUUCUUUGGUCUCUGAAGGACCAAGAAAUCAGGAGAGGAGCAAGUUCAGCAGGUGGACAAGAUAGUCUGUGGAGGCAGGCUGAACGACGGAAAAAGACGGAACGACGGAAAAGAAGAAAAAACCUCAUGGGGACUGGCCAUUUCUUGCACCAGGCCUCUCCCACAGAGGUAUGGCCCUUGCCAUAAAAAUAAAAUAAGAUUCUAGUCCUCAUGGUUUUCCAUAAAGAGCAGAAUUAAGAGAACGUUUAGCCCUUCUGUGCUAUAUGAACCCUUAGAGAUUUCUAGGACAGUGCUGAUGAACUUGGUGGAGCAAGGUGUCCUCCUUUUUCUUCUCAGUCCAAAGCCUUGUGACGAUGUGGCCACAGCUGCAGCAUUUUCCUGAUGCGGUCACAGCCCUCCAUUUCCGCUCCCUUUGCUGUGUCCCCUGCAAGGCUUGAGCUCUUCUUGAGAAACAGGAACAAGGCAUCUUGGCUUUUAAGAGCAGCCUGUAGCUGCAGGGAUGAGCGAGCGGCCGCCCCUGGCCGAGAAAGCCUUGUCAGAGGCCUAUGCUCGCCUCCGGUACAGGGACACCUCCCUGCUCAUCUGGCAGCAGCAGCAGCAAAAACUGGAGUCGCUUCCGCCGGGAACAUACUUGAACCGGAGCCACAGCAUGUGGUAUUCGCAGUACGGAAACCAGGCCAUCCUGGUCCGAGACAAGAACAAAUUGGGCAUUGCCAGGGAUACUGGGCAGUCCAGAUUUUGCACUGUGAUGUAAUUUCAGUGUUAUGUGUGUGUGUGCGUUUAAGCAGUGGUUCCACUUAUCUUCUUGGGAAGUUUUGGGUGCUGUUUCCACAACGACUUGGCAAAAAUGGAUUUUGAGGAGCCUCAAACAGGCUUACCUACACCCUCCGAGAAACAGCACCAGUUCCAAAAUGCCGUGCCGCCUCUCCGCUCCACACUUGCAAGGGAGGGCGUAUCAGUGGCAGAAGUUGCACCAGUAGCCAGGAAGUCCAGUUAAAAAUUGUCUGUUUGUACGUGCGGUAGGAUCAAGCAGUCAACCUUUUUUUCCCCCCUUGGACUGAACCGCUUCAGGGACGAGGGUUGCAUGUGUGAAUGCUGAACUUUCAAGGCACUGAAACACCUUGGACAGCUCCUUGAAAAGUUCAGACUAAAACUCAAGAGUGGAUUCCACUGAUAUGGAAGCACCAGGUGCCAAUAAAUAAUAAUAAUAAUAAAUUUAAUUUCUUCGUCGCCUAUCUGGCCAAUGGCCACUCUAGGCGACUUACAAAAUUAUUAAAAUACAAUUAAUAAAAUAUAGUAAUACAAUAAAAACAAUAGAUCUACAACAACAAUAUUAAAACUGGGUAGGAGGCAUUACAAUUAUAUCGAUUAACCCUCCCCGGAUACCCCGAAGGCCUGCUGAAAAAGCCAGGUCUUUAAGGCUUUCCGAAAUACAUUUAGGGAAGAGGCAUGCCGGAGAUCUUGUGGGAGGGAGUUCCAAAGAGUGGGGGCCGCCACUGAGAAUGCCCUCUCUCUUGUACCCGCCAAUCUGGCUGUUUUUGUCGGCGGGAUUGAGAGAAGGCCCUGUGUGGCCGAUCUUGUCAGGCGGCAUAAUUGGUGGCGUUGAAGGCGCUCCGUGAGAUAAACUGGACAAUGUACUAUGGACAAUGAUGCACUCAAUCGCCCACAUCCCUCACCAACACUUAUGCUGUGGUGUAACUGUUAUAUGUGUGUGUGUGUGUAUAUAUUUAUUUAAAGGUUAUUUAUAGUGUUUGUUUUACUAUCCCAGUCUGCAAUAUACUUCAGCAGGCAGAGGGCACAAGCUAUCAUGCCAUAACCCUAACCCUUUUUUGAAGUAUUGCAAGGAGAUUUAAUUUGCGUUUCGCUUUCUAUCUUUGCUUAAAAGCGCAUGUGGAUUCUCUGCUGUAAGAUACAGACAAACAAAGCUGCAUUCAUCACACCCUUCUGCCCCUGUACCUCCAAGGUUUCCAAACGUGUAUUACAGAAGUGCUCUGAAAAAUCGGGUCUUUGUUCCUUUAUUUUUUUUUCCAAACUGUUCUACUUUAAAACAAGAUACAGAGAAAGAGAAUGACCUGGAAAGGUACUAGGAAUAUACAAAUAAAACAUGCUUUAUCUGGAAGUUA